AAGUAAUUAAGUCAUCAUUAGUUUGUGUCGCCAUCUGCUUCAGUUUUAGGGAGGUAACAUGACAUUUACUAAUUAUGCCAUGGUAAUUAAUCAUUAUCUAAUGAUAAUUAAGCACUACACGCAGACUAAAUAAAUGGAUGCUGUGUGUGAUAAGGAAUCAGUCACGUUUUUACCGUCAAACCUAUAACAUCUUGAAAAAACUUAAAACCAAUUUAUUCCAAAAACCAAAAUUUAGUGAAUUUUUCUCAACGAUACAAAAUGUCAUUUCAAAAUGAAACAAAAAACCAUAUUCUACCCACCGUCAAUUCACCCAGCCAUAUUCUGAACGCGCUGAAUAACGAUUGCAUUCAAGCCAUCUUUAGAAAAUUCUCAAACGUUGGUGACUUUUCGAGUGCAUCUAAAGUGUGCAGCAAGUUUUAUGAGAAUGCGAUCGUUGGCUAUCCACCAAAGUUUAAAAAUCUUGAUAUUGGCGAAGAUUUUGGUUACGAUGUAACGAGGAUAGAGCAUGUAAAAUAUUUCCUGAUGCAAUUUGGCUCAUUUAUAAAAUCAAUAAAAUUUAUUGGUUCAACAUCAAAAAGACGUGAUAAUGAAAUUAUGAAAGUGAUUUCUAAAUUUUGUGGAAAUACAUUAAAAGAACUAAUAGUUGAAGGAAGAGCAACCGUCGACUUAUCUUCGUUUCAAGCUAUUGAAGAGCUAUCGAUACUUUUUUCAAGCGUAUCAGGCUUGCAACUACGUUCGCAACAAUUAACCCGACUAGAAUUGAUGGGUGAAUGUGGUGGUCUGAAUUUAGGGCAACAUUUUUCAAAAUUAGAGCAAAUUGAUUUUACAUGUUGUCCAAUAACAAGUGACGAGUUUCGUUGUUUCUUGAGUUAUAAUCCACAGUUGAAAUACAUAAAACUAACUGGUUGCCAUGGGCUCACAGCAUCGAACAUCGAAGACAUUGCAUAUCAUACGCCGAAUAUUGUUACUUUAGAUCUCGAAAAUACCUUGACGGAUGCUAUCAAUAUUAAUUUUCGACCGUUCAGCAAAUUACGUGCCUUAAAAUAUUUGGCCAUUUUGGAUUAUAGUAUAGAUAUAGCUUCGCUGGAUUGUCUUUAUCGUACAUUAGCUGAGAACGAUGUGCCGCUUGAGAUUCUAGAAGUGAAUUGUGAAGCUAAAAACAUAAUGAAAUUGAAACAUUUGAAAGGAUUGUCUAUUCAGGAAAUAUCUGCCGAAAAACUGAUCGAUUUUGUGAAAAAUGUACCAAAAAUUGAAAUCAUCACCACUCCAGGGUUUGGCAUAGAAAAAAUAACCGUACACGAUAUAAAAGAAAUACUAAAACAUGGGAAAAAAUUAAAAUUUUUGGAUUUGGGCACAAUUGAAAUCGAAUAUUUUGAUGUGAGUGUUUUCAAUGACAUUGCCGCUUUGGCUGAAGGUCGUACCAAAGUCAGAAUUCGUCUUGAUCAGAUAAUUCCAGAAGGAAUUGCAAGUCGAUGCCAUUCCGAGUGGUUGGACAUGAAGGAGAGAAAAUAUAUUCAUUUUUUGAAGGGAUGAAACGAUAUUCGAUGUGCGAAGAACAUCAAACCAAGCUGACAAACAAAAGCUGAAGCUAGAGUUUUGAAUAUUUUUCGCAGUUAUGUAUACCAAUUUAAUUCUGUGUUUUAAUGUUACUUUUUAUGAACUUUUUAAAUUUAAUAAAUAAAUAAGUCGCAAUUGUAACAGAAAUAUCCCAA